AUGAGUCCGAUUGGUUUGAAAGUGAUAAUAUUUAUUGUGUGUUUGGUGGCAUUCCAGAUUGUUGGUGGUGAGAAGGAGAUAAGGUGUUUAGAAAGGGAGAGGGAAGCACUCCUCCGAUUCAAAGCUUCCAUUGUUGAUGAAUUUGACAUGCUGUCUUCUUGGACCACUGCUGAUUGCUGCCAAUGGAAAGGGAUUCGCUGCAGCAACCUCACUGCUAAUAUCGUAAGCCUCGACCUUCAUGGUGAGUAUGAUUAUGAAACUGAAUCAUGGUCUUAUUAUAUCAGCGGAAAGAUCCACCAAUCAUUGAUUGAGUUGCAACAGUUAAAGUAUCUCAACCUCAGUGACAAUUCUUUUUCACAUAUCCCAGAGUUUCUUGGUUCUCUCAGCAACUUGAGAUACCUUGAUCUCUCAUGGUGUGAUUUUGACGGAAAAAUUCCAAGUCAGUUUGGGUCUCUUUCUCAUUUGAAAUACUUGAAUCUUGCGAGAAAUUAUCAUCUUGAGGGUUCUAUCCCUACUCAACUCGGAAAUCUCUCCAAGUUGGAGUAUCUUGAUCUCGCAGACAAUUCUCUUGUCGGAACUAUACCAUCCCAACUUGGAAACCUUUCUAAGUUGGAACAUCUUGAUCUCACAAGAAAUUCUUUUGAAGGAAAUAUUCCAUCCGAAUUUGGGAAUCUGUCAAACUUACAACAGCUUUAUCUUGGGGAUUAUUACAAUGGAGUACUCCAAAUCAACGAUGGGGGUAAGUUCCUAUCUAAUCUCAUUUCUUUAACCCAUCUUUACUUGUGGUCCGUCAAUGGUCUUAAUACUUCUCAUACUUUCCUGCAAAACAUUGUCAUGCUACCAAAACUAAGAGAGUUAGGCUUAAUUGAUUGUAGCCUUUCUGAUCAUUUUAUCCUUUCAUUGAGGCCUUUCGAAUUCAACUUUUCUACUUCCCUUUUGGCCUUUCAUCUUUCUGACAACACCUUCACGUCACCCGUGAUAUUCCAGUGGGUGGCAAAUAUCACUUGCAACCUUGUUGAGCUAGACCUUUCUUAUAACAACUUGGAAGGUUCUGUAUCCAAUCAUUUUGGCUUGGCAAUGAAUUCUCUUGAGCGCCUUGACCUUUCCUUUAAUAAUUUCAAGGGUGAGGUUUUGAAAUCCUUCGUGAAUAUAUGCACCUUACACUCUUUAUACAUGCGAGGAAACAAUUUAACAGAAGACCUUCCAUCAAUUCUUCAUAAUAUGUCUAGUGGUUGUAUUAAAUACUCGCUACAAGAUUUGGAUUUGGGAGACAAUUAUAUUACUGGAUCUUUAUCGAACUUUUCAACAUUUUCAACUUCGAAAUCAUUGCAUCUUUCAAAUAAUCGAUUAGUUGGAAUGUUAAAAGAAGGUAACAAAUUACCAUUUCGAUUGGAAUUUUUAUCACUCUCAUCAAAUCUUCUAGAAGGCGGAAUUCCAAAGUCAUUUGGCAGUGCAUGUGCUUUGCGCUCAUUGGACAUAACGGAUAAUAACCUGAGUGAUGAGCUUUCAACAAUAAUACAUCACUUGUCUGGAUGCGCUAAAUACACACUAGAACAUUUGAGCUUGCAAGGAAAUCAAAUCAAUGGUACGAUUCCUGACCUUUCAGCUUUUUCAGCUUUGAUGUCAUUGGAUCUUUCAAACAAUCACUUGAAUGGAAAGAUAAGAGAAGAUAGUAAUUUACCAUUUCACUUGGAAACUUUAUCAAUCUCAUCAAACUUUCUAGAAGGUGGAAUUCCCAGAUCAUUUGGAAAUGCAUGCGCUUUGCACUCAUUAAGAAUGGAGGAUAACAGAUUGAGUGUAGAGUUUUCAAUAAUAAUUCAUCAUUUAUCUGGAUGUGCUAGAUAUUCAUUAAAAGAAUUAUAUCUACACAUGAAUGAAAUCAAUGGCACACUAAUUGACCUCUCAAUAUUCACAUCUUUAAGAGUGUUAUCUAUUGGUGAAAACAAGCUAAGUGGAAAGAUUUUAAGAAAUAUUCAAUUUCCACCUCAACUAGAAGAAUUAGACAUACAGUCAAAUUCCUUAAAUGGUGUGUUCACUGACUGCCAUUUUGUUAAUGUAACCAAGCUAUUUUACUUGGACUUAUCUAACAAUCCAUUAACCUUGACAUUUACCCAAAAUUGGGUCCCACCUUUUCAGUUGAGUUCCAUAAGGUUGAAAUCUUGCUUGUUAGGUACAUUUCCCAAAUGGUUGCGAAAGCAAAAUAAAUAUGACGAACUUGACAUUUCAAAUUCUAAAAUAUUGGAUGUGGUUCCAAGGUGGUUUUGGGCUAAAUUAGCUUCUGGAAAUGUGGGUUCAAUAGAUAUUUCAAACAAUAGUCUCCAUGGUAUAAUUCCAAAUUUUUCUGGAAAGAAUAUUAUUGGUUUCCUAAGUCUUGCAUCAAAUCAAUUUGAAGGUCCUAUUCCACCAUUUCUACGAGGUUCCAUAUUUCUUGAUUUAUCUAAUAAUAAUUUCUCAGAUUCACAUUCAUUUUUAUGUGCUAGUGGUCUUGAAGAAACAUUAUAUCAAUUAGACCUUUCACAUAAUCAUCUUUCUGGACAAAUUCCAGAUUGUUGGAGCCAUUUUAAGUCAUUAGCUUAUUUAGAUUUGAGCCACAAUAAAUUCUCAGGAAACAUUCCUACUUCAUUAGGAUUGCUUCUUAGUCUUCAAGCAUUAUUAUUAAGAAACAACAACUUAAAACAUGAGAUCCCUUUCUCCCUAAGACGUUGUACAAACUUAGUGAUGCUUGAUAUGUCAAACAACAAUUUAUCAGGGCAAAUCCCUACUUGGAUCGGGAGCGAAAUGCAAGAGUUGCAAAUCUUAAGUUUGGGAAGUAAUAAUUUCAAUGGAAUUUUACCAUUACAAAUUUGUUAUCUAAAUAGCAUCAAAAUAUUUGAUCUCUCACUAAAUAACUUAUCUGGACAAAUUCCUGCAUGUAUAAAUAAUUUUACAUCAAUGGUUAACAAGACAUUUUCAAGUGAUUAUGGAAGUCAUGAUUAUUUUAUCUACAUUAGUGAUUUCAAAUCCUAUCGGCAAUACAAUUUGAAUGUAUUCUUGAUGUGGAAAGGUUCAGAACAAAUAUUCAAGACUAUCGAGUUAUUACUUCUAAAAGGCAUUGAUCUUUCCGGUAAUAACUUUUCAGCAGAAAUUCCAGUGGAAAUAGAGAAUUUAGUUGAGUUGGUUUCAUUAAAUUUGUCAAGAAAUAAUUUUAUUGGACAAAUCCCUUCAAAUAUUGGAAAUCUAAAAUCACUUGAAUUUCUUGAUUUGUCAAGAAACCAAUUUAUUGGUUCAAUUCCUUUAAGUCUUGCUCAAAUUGAUCGACUCACUAUGUUAGAUUUGUCACAUAAUCAUCUAAGUGGAGUUAUUCCAACUGGCACACAACUACAAAGUUUCAAUGCCUCAAGUUAUGAAGAUAAUCUAAAUCUUUGUGGACCACCGCUUGAAAAAUUAUGCAUCCAUGAUGGACUAUCUCAAGAUCCAAUCUUUGAAAUUGAUGAAUAUUCUCUUUUCGGUCAUGAAUUUUACAUCAGUAUGACACUGGGAUUUACAAUAACCUUUUGGAUUACAUUUGGCUCAAUCUUAUUCUUGAAGACCUCAUGA